AUGCAACAUCCGAAUUCUGUAGCGCUUCUUAGCGCUAUAUACGCUUUUACACUGGCAGCUGCUGGCGGCGUGCCUAGAGGUGUUGGUCCAGAAUUCGUUUCUCACUACGAGGGCAAGGAAGAGUUCUCUUGCAUUACCAACGCUGCUAUCAAGCUUAGCCUCGACCGAAUCAACGAUAACACGUGCGAUUGCCCCGACGGCUCCGACGAACCCGGCACCGCAGCCUGUGCCAACAUCGAUCCUCUAUCCCCCGAACAACCGCUCGCCGGAUCUCUGUCUGGUACUACAAACACGACCAAUGCUCUGCCUGGCUUUUGGUGUGCAAACAAGGGCCACAUUGGCAUGUAUGUGCCCUUUCUCUACGUCAACGACGGCGUCUGCGACUACGAGCUCUGCUGCGAUGGUUCAGAGGAGUAUGCUGGUGUGGGUGGUACCAAGUGCGAGAACAAGUGUGCAGAGAUUGGAAAGGAGUACAGAAGAUUAGAAGACGAAAAGAAAAAGGCUAUGCAGAAUGCGGCUAAGAAGAGAGCUGCUAUGGUCAAUGAGGCAAAGGAUCUUCGACAAAAAGUCGAGAACAAGGUUGAGGAUCUCAACAAGGAGAUUGCUGCCCUCGAGGUCAAGAAGGAGGAUCUUGCACAGAAACAUCGCGAGGCUGAACAGCAGGAUAAGGGCAAGGUUGUUCGCGGAGGCGAUGAAAACGGCGGUGGAAAGCUUGGUGUUCUUACCGGAUUGGCCAAGACACGCAUCAAUGAGCUUCGUGAUGCUCUCGACAAUGUCGUCAGCCAGCGGGAUGUUCUCAAGGAGCGAGUUGGUGAGCUCGAGGAGCUUCUUACGAAGUUCAAGACGGAGUAUAACCCCAACUUCAACGAUGAGGGUGUCAAAGCGGCGAUUCGGUCGUUUGAGGAUUACUCUGCUCGACAGGCAGCGGCUGUUGACGAGGUUAUUCCUGAUGAGGAUAUCUUGAGUGUCCUUAAGGAAGAUAGUGAGAGUAAUGGGAUUAACUGGAGUGAGUUUUCGGAGGGUGAGGGAAGUGAUACUGAUAUCCUCUACAACUUUGAGGCCUACCUUCCUACUCCCAUCCGCUCGUUCAUCCACGGUACCCUCGACUCAAUCCGCGUAUGGGCCAUCACCAACGGCAUGCUCGCCGAUAACUCAACCCCGGGCAAAGAAUCUACUCUUGUUCGCGCCGCCCGCGAAGCCCUCGACGCCGCCAACCGCGAUCUCACAGAUAAACAAACCUCUCUCUCAGUAGAACAAGCCGAUCUCAACACCGACUACGGCCCCGACGACAUUUUCCGUGCUCUCAAGGGCAAGUGCGUUUCCCUCGAGGCAGGCGAAUACACCUACGAACAAUGCUGGCUAGACCGCACCAAGCAAAAGUCCAAAAAGGGUCACGGGCAAAGCACAAUGGGAAACUUUAAACGCAUCGAUCGAGAAAUGGCAGACGAAGAAGACCGAAUCGACGGUAAAAGUCUCGGAAAGGGUGAGAGGAUUGUUCUGCGCUACGAGGAUGGUCAACAGUGCUGGAAUGGACCGCAGAGGAGGACGGAUGUCUGGCUGGGUUGUGCUGAGACGGAAGAGCUUUGGAGGGUGAGUGAGAGUGAGAAGUGUGUUUAUAGGAUGGAGGUUGGUACGCCUGCUGCGUGUGACUUUUCGAAAUGGGAUGUUGGGACACAGCCUAAGAAGCCUAGGUUUAGAGAUGAGUUGUAG